AUGUGGCGCCGCACACGCGUUUGGACCCGUGCAGUGUUGACGGUGACGCCAUCGCUUGUGCGCCGCGCGGUGGCGUUGCGUUGGGAAGUACUUGGCUUGCGGUGGGACGGCGAGACGAACAUGUGUGUUCUUGCGGAUGGACGUGCGGAUGGCCUUCCACGCGGCACGCGGCUGGAGAUGUACGGCGCCGUGCUGCGGCUUGCGAGGGCCCACUCAAGCGAGAGGACCGUUGACGAUUUGUCGCCGGAUGAUGUGGCGGCCGUCGCGGGAGCCGUAAAUUCGGCGCUGCCAGAAGGACUCCGAGAAAGUGUCACGGCGGUGGGACUGUCCCCGCAGACCCCCUCCGACGAUGUACUUGCCGAGUGGCUCAUCACGACACAGCAGCAGCAACAGCAGACGGCAACUCCGCUUAUGGAAAACGGGGUGGUGUUUGCAUCGCCACGUGCGGCGGGGUUUCGAGCACUCCGCGCGGCGCGGCAGACGUUUGCUCAUUUGUUCUUGAGGGAGAUGAAAGAGCGGCAGUCAUCGAGUGCAGCUGUCGAGCCAAUUGCCGUUUUGGACGUGAGCGAGGCGGAUUGUGCAUUCAGUCGUGUGGCCGUACAUGUGGGAGUGGAGGGCGGUCUGGAACUGGAGCGGGACUUCCACGUCAGUUACGUCCCCCUCAGUGAGGUGGCGGCGGCAGCACCGGAAGAAAACGAUGCAAACAUCACAAGUCUCCUGCGCCUGGUGGCACAUCCCGGUGGCCGUCUUGAGAAGGAACCGCUGCGUGCGUUGCAGUCCCGCUACUUUGUUCUUGGUUGCUACACGGCCCACAGCGGGCGGCAGCGAAGGGCGAAGGGGGAGUCUGUUGGUAUCGAGCUCGCACACGUCAUUUCAAAGUUGCAUCGCGGUAGCACGCUUCUUGUGAAUCUUCUUGGCGGUCCGCAGCAGCAGCAGCAGGAGCAGGAGGUGGUGGGUGACAGAAAAGAUAUUUCGCUUUUGAAGCGAGAAGUAACGUCAAUGGUUACGGAGGCACUUUCGCGGAGUGGGCGAUGGGGCGUCAUUAGCGACGAGGUGUUGCCGGCAUCUGACUGCUAUGAUGCCGCGGUGAGCGUCGUUGUGUCACUUGACUAG